AAAUUCCUGUGCAGCAAUUACAAAGUCUUAUAGACGACACUCUGAUCUCAGGUUAAGUAGACUGUAGUUGACCCAGUGAUAAUGUGCUAUUAAACUGUUUAUUGUUACUAUUAUUUAGAUGUCAGGCUUGAUUAAUGCUACAAUUUAACAUUAUCCAACCUUUUGUUAUGAAUGACUUUGUGAAGUUUGUGGCCGCUGAGGACCCCUAGUGGAUAGUUCGUGCAAAAGGACUCUUGUUCAGCCGUCGCAGCGCAGACACCAGCAGCUGGUGGUGGUGCGGCUCCGGAGGGGAUAACUUGUUAGCAGCGGGAUCACAAGUGCUGCUCGAAGAUGAAGUAACUGGAAAAUGUCGAUUUUUGAUAGGUAACUCACGUUGAGUCGACGGCGCGUAGUUUAUCCGCACACGAAGGGUGUGUUUCUGAUGCGCUGAUUUAUGAGGAGCGACAAAACAGAAGCGAAAUGAGUGAAGGCAUGCAUAAGCCACCUGUGGCCCCUAAACCAAAGCUGGCUCACCACCAGAUGCCACCGCUGUCUCCUUCCAUCCCCAGAAGGCCUGGCCUCUCGCUCCCGUCCCCAGGCACCCGGAGGAAGGUGAAACCGGUGCUAGCCCCCAAACCCUGCCUGUCGAAACUCACCGCUGGUGUGGAAUCCAAGCCGAUCAAGAGCCCGCAGCGCGCAUCUGUAGCAGAAACCCCUCGGACCGUGGGGCUUCUUACCUCCCACAACGGAAUACGGCAGGAGAACAAAAAGCCCGACUGGGAUUACAUCAUUCCCAUUUGCCUGUGCAGCCAAGAAAACUGCACGUGCACCAAGAGCACACCAGCAGACAAAGACAAGGCGGAGAAAGACUUAAAAACAUUGCACAGGGGUAAAGGUGAAGAACAUAUAAAGGCAGUGCCUACACCUCGAGGUAACCCGGAUAAAGGCAGAGGGAACACAGACAAAGAUAGAUGUCAAGAGGUGACGACUCCCUCCACCUGUACCCACCUCACUAGCCAUAAACAUUUUGAGGAGACACUUCCAGUGGACACAAACCUCAACACGGACGUUGACACCUCCAGUCCAGGGGUGACUGUUAGGCCACCUCUUCCUCACAGAAAAUGGAGCAACGAGCCAAAUGCCAUCACAGUACCUCUGAAUGCACCUGGACGAGGACCAGAGGAAGAUGGUCUUGGCACAGAGCAAAGCAGCGUGCCCCAACCCAAACCAGUCCCAGCAGUGCCUAGGAAGCCCGUCCCUGUCCCUGUACCACGGAAACCCAGGACGGCUGUUCGGGGCGAUCAGGAAAAGGUGGAGGCCAAGAGGGAAGAGACAGUAAGUCAGGAAGGGAGGGAAAUAAACGUCAAAGAGGUGAAGGUAUCAUCAGAGGGGAAGGGUAGCUCAUCGCUGUCUGUCAGUGUACCUGAUAGUGAAAACAAUCAACCAAUUUUUCUGUCCGCAAGACGGGUCUGUGCCCCGCCUGCCCCUCCGCCCAGGAAAAAGCUUUUUCUGUCUGAACCCGAGAAAGAACCAGCCCCUGCUCCUCACACACGAAAGGAUAUGAAGGAGGAAGAGGAGCUGGGCUGGCACAUUUAUGAGAUGGAGGUAUCGGUUGAUCAGGGGGAUGAAGAGAUGCAGAAGAAAGCAGCAGAUGAUCGGGAGGCAGCUGAUGGCGACUUCGCAUCUCACACUCCUUCUCGCGCUCUGCUGAGUCAGCUGGAGCUCAGACAGCCUCUUGCCAUGGCUGUGGCAGCCGAGGAGAAUGGGCCGACUAAAGUAGCUCCAAAGAAGCCGCAGAGACCGAGCUACUCAAUGGCUUUUAUUCAGGAGAAGGAAUCCACUGAGAAGAGAGAACGGUGGAAAUCAGAAGUCCAUCCUUCACAAGAUUCUGCUUUUAAAGAUGUAACAGCGAGGGAGCAGCCUUUGCCUCUGAACGAGAACCCAGUCAGGAAUAAGUCUUCACGCUCCAGCCUGAACAAACACAAGGCCAAGUCCUUCACUGCUGCCGACCUCAUUCGCUCUGACAGACAGAAGAGGAACUCCUUCAGGAAACUGCUCGACUUGAAGCUCUCAGUGAAGAUGAUACCCAAGCUGAUGUCAAAGGGCGGCCACAGCCCAGACUCCACUACAAGCGACAAAGAUCAGAGCAUUCACAAGGACCAAGAUGAAUAUCACAGCCCCUCUCAGUGUCUCAGCGUUGAACGUAAAUUGUCCUGUCCGCUUGUUGGAGUGGAGCAAAGCGUGGACGGAGAUGAGUUUUUUCCUAAACCAAAACAAGACUCUAUCUACGAGAACAUCAAUGUCUAUGAGGAGAUAACAGAUUACAUUAAUGUGCCCAAGGCAGGGGCGUCCCCUCCGGCCUCCUACUUGCAGCCUACAUCAUGGGAAAACACAAUGUAUAAUGAUGAGGGUAUUUAUGAGGAGCAGGAGCCAUACAUGUCCCUGUCGAAAGGCACUGGUCAGCAUCAGCCAACGGAUGAUGACAGGAGCUCAGUCGAUGAGGAGAUCGCGUUCAUGAAUGAAGUGCGCUCGGAUGAUGACGUUGAGGUCAACAGUUCGGAUGAGGAGGACGAGGAUGACAGCAGCUCCUUCUCAAGUAAAGGUGACCAUGAGCAGCCAGAGAACACAGAUUUGCAGAAAGAAGAGAAGAAGAAAAACAAGAUAUACUACAUUGCCAAAGAAAUCAUGACUUCUGAGAGUGUGUUUGUUGAUGUCCUGAAGCUUCUUCACAUUGAGUUCCGUGAGUCUGUGUCUAAAGCUCAGCAGAAUGGGAAACCUGUGAUCGAGGAGCGUCUUCUCAACCAGAUCCUGUACUCGCUGCCGCAGCUGUACGAACUCAACCAAAACCUGCUCAUAGAGCUCAGCCAGAGAGUGGCUGAAUGGAAUGACAAUGCGAAGCUUGCAGACAUUUUCUUGAAGAAAGGGCCCUACUUGAAGAUGUACUCCACAUACAUCCGUGAGUUCGACAAGAAUGUGGCUCUACUGGAAGAGCAGACCAAGAAGAACCAAGCAUUCGGCGCUUUAGUGCGAGAAUUUGAGGCAAGUCCACGCUGCGCCAACCUGGCUUUGAAGCAUUACCUCCUGAAGCCUGUUCAGAGGAUUCCUCAGUAUCAGCUGCUGCUCACAGACUACCUAAAAAGCCUGUCUAAAGACUCGGCCGACUACAAAGACACUGAAGCUGCCCUCGCUAUUGUGAAAGAAGUGGCCAAUCAUGCAAAUGACAUCAUGAAACACGGGGAUAACUUCCAGAAGUUGAUUCAGGUGCAGUACCGCCUGAAUGGCCGCCAUGAGAUAGUCCAGCCUGGCCGGGUCUUCCUCAAAGAGGGCGUCCUGAUGAAGCUGUCCAGGAAGGUCAUGCAGCCCAGAAUGUUUUUCCUGUUUAACGACACACUGCUAUACACCAAACCUGCGCAAUCAGGCCAGUACAAUCUCAGGAACAUGCUGUCGCUGGCGGGGAUGAAGGUUAGCAAACCAAGCCAAGAGGCUCUUAACAAUGAACUGAACAUUGAGAGUGUGCAACGCUCCUUCAUUCUAUCUGCAAGUUCUCCUGCAGAGCGAGAUGAGUGGCUUGAUGCUCUUUCCGCAGCCAUCACCGACUACACCAAGAAGAAAAUCAGUUUUAUACCGGGCAAGCCUGCAGAUGAGUUAAUAGUCAUUGAUAGUGACGAUAGGGGUCCCUUGGGAUCCAAAGCCCCCAUAUGGAUCCCUGACGUGCGGGUCACAAUGUGUAUGAUCUGUGCCUGUGACUUCACGUUAACAUGGAGGAGACAUCACUGCCGUGCAUGUGGAAAGGUGGUGUGCCAGUCUUGUUCGUCCAAGAAACACCGGCUUGCAUUUCGAAAGAAUGAGCUAUCUCGAGUGUGUGAUCAGUGUUAUGUCACUCUUGAGCAGCAAAAAACAACAUCAGCAACGUUGUCCCCUGGACUAAGAUCUACAUUCACCUUCCACAGGAAGCAGAAAAAGAUACCUGCCGCCCUCAAAGAGGUGUCCGCGAAUACAGACAACUCCUCCAUGAGUGGGUAUCUGCAGAGGUCCAAGGGAAAGAAGCAUGGGAAGAGGCUGUGGUUUGUCAUCAAAGACAAGGUCUUGUACACGUAUGCAGCGAGUGAGGAUGUUGCAGCCUUGGAGAGUCAGCCCCUGUUAGGAUUUGUGUUGAAAGUUGAUUCUUCACAGACGUUGCAGUUUAAGCUCUACCACAAAAAGACACUUUACUACAUGUUUAAAGCUGACGACAAACAAACAGCCCAAAGGUGGAUUGAUUCAUUCAAAGAAGCCACUGUGCUCUGAUACGUCUGUGAAGCUGUUUGCUGUUUUUUUUCAUCCUUGCCAGAAAAUGUCUUACCUCAGUGCUCUCUGAAUUCUACAACAAACAUCUGGAGACACCCAAACUCUUUUAUUGAAAUGCUAACCUAAAUGUGAUAUUUUAUUGUAGUGUUUUCAUCCAUUUUACUGCAGUUGCCUUUUUAAAUAGUUAUUAGAGCAGUGGUUUUAUUUUUGCAUGCUAACAUGCGUCUUUUUCACUAAUACUUAUUUGGUUUUGGCUCCAACAUAAAUAUUGUUACAAUAUGAUCUGUAGUGCUUUUAGGCUUUUACACAUCGAUUAUGCCAAUAUUUCUAUUGUCAAAUAUUCUGCUUGGGUUUCCAGAGCACAUGUUUGUUAUCUAUCAAAACGCUUUGAUUCACAGAGGUGGGAAAAAAAAAAAAAUCAGAUGCACGUUUGUUUUGUUUUUUUAACACCUGACAAGUGGCCUUAGAGCUUUUUUCUUUAACCUUUUAAGACGUUCGGUAAAUUUUGAUAUUACCCUUGAGUCUUAAUGGUGUAACAUUCACUGUUAUGUACCAUAAUGUGUCUUGAGUGACUGUACAUAAUUAUAUCCUUGCACACAUGUAAAUAGAGGUGAUUAUAAAUUAAAUGUAAUCAACAACCCUGUGAA